AGUGAAGGGGGCCGCACUCUCCUCCCACGCCUGGGGGACCCGCCGCCUCCAGCCUCUCUGCCCAGUCCUGGUCAGGAUCUGACUUUGACGCCGAAUUUUGAAGAUGCUGGAGUCGUACGUAACUCCAAUUUUAAUGAGUUAUGUGAAUCGCUAUAUCAAGAACUUAAAGCCUUCGGAUCUCCAGCUUUCACUAUGGGGUGGGGACGUGGUUCUCAGCAAACUCGAGUUAAAGUUAGAUGUUCUGGAACAGGAACUGAAAUUACCCUUCACUUUUUUAAGUGGCCAUAUCCAUGAACUGAGAAUUCAUGUACCAUGGACAAAAUUGGGCUCCGAACCUGUGGUAAUUACCAUCAAUACAAUGGAAUGCAUCUUGAAACUUAAAGAUGGGAUACAGGAUGACCAUGAAAGCUGUGGUUCUAAUUCUACCAACCGGAGCACUGCUGAGAACACAAAGUCAUCCAUAAAACCUCGAAGAAUUCAGCAGGCUGCUCCUACAGACCCUGAUUUACCACCAGGAUAUGUGCAGAGUCUGAUUAGACGAGUUGUAAAUAAUGUAAACAUUGUUAUAAAUAAUCUCAUACUAAAAUAUGUUGAAGAUGACAUUGUUCUUUCUGUCAACAUCACUUCUGCUGAAUGCUAUACUGUGGGUGAAUUAUGGGAUCGUGCAUUCAUGGAUAUUUCUGCAACUGAUCUGGUACUGAGGAAGGUUAUCAAUUUUUCUGACUGUACAGUUUGUCUUGAUAAACGAAAUGCUAGUGGUAAAAUUGAAUUUUACCAGGAUCCUUUAUUGUACAAAUGUUCUUUCAGAACUCGCCUGCAUUUUACAUAUGAUAACCUAAAUUCCAAGAUGCCAUCUGUUAUUAAAAUUCAUACCUUGGUUGAGAGUCUGAAGCUUUCUAUCACAGAUCAGCAGCUACCUAUGUUUAUCCGUAUAAUGCAGCUCGGGAUUGCUCUCUAUUAUGGAGAAAUAGGCAACUUUAAAGAUAAUGAAACAGAAGAGCCUCCCUGUCUCAGUAAAGAUACAUUAGGAAACCUUACAGGUACUGAGGAUGAAACUAGAAUAGACAUGCAGUAUCCUGCUCCGUACAAAGGCCAAGAGUUAUAUUCACAGGACUAUGAGGAGCCUCAGGGAUGGGUGUCCUGGGCCUGGUCAUUUGUUCCUGCAAUUGUGAGUUACGAUGAUGGUGAGGAAGACUACCUUGGGAGUGACCUUGCAUCAACCCUGCAUCAACAGAAAGCUCAGACACUGAGGGAUCCCAUUGUUUCUGUAGGAUUUUACUGCACAAAGGCGACUGUGACUUUUAAACUCACUGAAAUGCAAGCUGAAAAUAGCUAUUAUAGCCCACAGAAAGUAAAAUCUAAGGAAGUUUUGUGUUGGGAACAAGAAGGAACUACAAUUGAGGCUCUUAUGAUGGGAGAACCUUUCUUUGAUUGUCAAAUUGGAUUUGUAGGUUGCAGAGCCAUGUGUCUUAAAGGAAUUAUGGGUGUUAAAGAUUUUGAGGAACAUAUGAAUAGAAGUGAAACUGAAGCCUGCUUCUUCAUUUGUGGUGAAAAUUUGAGUACAAAAGGUUUGACAUACCUUACAAAUUCAUUGUUUGAUUACCGGAGUCCAGAGAACAAUGGCACCCGUGCAGAGUUUAUCUUGGAUGCAGCUCACCAUAAGGAGACACACACUGAAAUAGCUGGCAUGCAAAGGUUUGGUGCUUUUUACAUGGAUUACCUGUAUACAGUGGAGCACAGCAGCAGCAAAGGUCCAGCAAAUCAACAAGACUUUCCUUCAGGGAAAAAUGAGGAUUUGGGAAUAGUCCAAGAAAAGUCUACCAAGAGCCUGGUUAUAGGGCCUCUAGAUUGCCGCCUGGACAGCAGCGCGGUGCAUCGGAUUUUGAAGAUGAUUGUUUGUGCUCUGGAACAUGAAUAUGAACCAUAUAGCAGGCUAAAACCAGAAACUAAGGAUGAAAAGGAAACAAUACUGAAUCCCGAGGAAGUGGCAUCUUUGGAGGAGUAUAUUCCUACUCGGCAUACAAGUGUUACUCUGCUUAAAUGUACUUGCACAAUUUUUAUGGCAGAAUUCAAUUUACUUGACCGUUUGCUUCCUGUCAUCAUGGGAGGAAAGAACUCAAGUAACUUCACAAGUGCCACAAACUUCCAGUCACUUCGGCCUUUGCCAUCCAUUCAGAUAUUGGUGGAUAAAGUUAACUUGGAGCAUUCUGUGCCAAUGUAUGCUGAACAGCUGGUGCAUGUCGUCAGCGGCCUGUCUCACCCUUCUGAUAAUCUUCUUCACUAUUGCUACGUCCACUGCUACCUUAAGGUGUUUGGUUUUCAGGCAGGCCUGACAUGCUUGGAUCAUAGUGGAUCUUACUGCUUACCUGCACCAGUUAUUCCCUCUUUCAGCACCGCUCUUUAUGGGAAGCUUCUCAAACUCCCUGCUCUCUGGGCCAAAAGAUCUCAGACUGUUGUAACUGAGGGUAUUUUUGAGCUCCCAAAUCUCACAAUUCAAGCUACAAGAGCACAGACACUUUUGUUGCAAGCAAUAUAUCAGAGUUGGUCUCAUAUUGGAAAUAUCAGCUCUUCAACAGUAAAUGAAGCUUUGAUGACUGAAGUCUUCCAAACGACAGGUGUGAAAUCUAAGAAUCCCCUGCCAACUCUUGAGGGCUCAGUCCAGAAUGUUGAACUGAAGUACUGCAGCACAUCGUUGGUCAGAUGUGCCUCUGGGACCUUGGGAUCAAUAAAGAUUUGUGCCAAAGCCCCAGGUGACAGUGGAAAAGAAAAAUUGAUUCCUUUGCUUCAGGGUCCUUCUGACACUAGAGACCUUCACAGCACCAAGUGGCUUAAUGAAAGUAGAAAGCCUGAAUCUCUCCUAGCUCCAGAUUUGAUAGCCUUUACCAUCCAAGUUCCUCAGUACAUGGGCGACUGCCACCACUCUGGUGCUGUAUUUCUUUGCAGUGUACAAGGACUAGCUGUUAACAUUGACCCAAUAUUAUAUACUUGGGUCAUCUAUCAGCCACAGAAACGAACAAGUAGACAUACACAACAGCAGCCUGUGGUAGCUGUACCGCUUGUCACUUCAGCUAACAGAAAGAAAGACGAUGAGCUGUCCAUUGGAAGUGCCCCAUUGGGAAAGCAGCAGUCAUAUCAGGCCUCAGAAUAUGCCAGCAGCCCAGUCAAAACAAAAACAGUGACAGAGUCCAGACCACUGUCAGUUCCUGUGAAGGCCAUGCUGCACAUUCAUGAAGAAUGUAGAAGUCCUGAAGAUAAAAUGAAGGAAUUUAUUGCGAUAUUAUGGAAUGCAGUGAAGAGUCUCACGCUACAGCUUGAUGUACAGUCUUGCUGUGUAUUCAUUCCAAAUGACAGCCUGCCUUCCCCAAGUACAAUUGUGUCUGGUGACAUCCCUGGAACAGUAAGAAGUUGGUACCAUGGACAAACCAGCAUACCAGGAACACUUGUCCUGUGUUUGCCACAAAUAAAGAUUAUUAGUGCUGGUCACAAGUACAUGGAACCUCUGCAAGAGAUUCCUUUUGUGAUCCCAAGGCCUAUCCUUGAAGAGGGUGAUGCAUUUCCGUGGACCAUAAGCUUGCAUCAUUUCAGCAUAUAUACCCUUCUGGGAAAACAAGUGACACUUUCCCUCGUGGAGCCUAUGGGCUGUACCUCUACUCUAGCAGUCACCUCUCAAAAGCUACUUCCUGUGGGACCUGAUGAAAGGCAUUCAUUUGUUGUCUGUCUACAUGUUGACUUAGAGUCAUUAGAGAUAAAAUGCUCUAAUCCCCAGGUCCAGCUCAUUUAUGAAUUGUCCGAUACCAUGAGUAAAGUCUGGAGUAAAAUUCAGAAGAGAGGCAGUCUUAGUCCAUCUUCAGUCUACCAAGAGACAAUGGCAGGGCCUGUCCCUGGUUCUCCAGUUCGGAGCAGCGUAGGCACAGCUCCACCAGACACCAGCACAUGCAGCCCAUCUGCUGACAUAGGAACUACCACUGAGGGAGAUUCAAUUCAAGCUGGUGAUGAUUCGCCAUUCUCAGACUCUGUUACCUUGGAACAGACUACCAGUAACAUUGGUGGGUCCAGCGGCCGUGUUAGUCUGUGGAUGCAGUGGGUGCUCCCCAAAGCUACUAUAAAGCUCUUUGCUCCAGACCUUGAAAAGAAAGGCACAGAAGUUUGCAUGGUCAGUGAAGUAGAAGAUCUCAGUGCAUCCAUCGAUGUGCAGGAUGUGUACACCAAAGUGAAGUGUAAGAUAGAGAGUUUUAGUAUCGACCACUAUCAAAGCAGGCCUGGGGAAGGUUGGCAGUCAGGACAUUUUGAAGGAGUGUUUCUGCAGUGCAAAGAAAAACCUGUGACAACUACAAAACUUGUAGACGGUGCUCACCAGCAGCAUGGAUUCCUUUCUCUGACAUACACAAAAGCUGUAACAAAAAAUGUCCGCCACAAGUUAACCUCAAGAAAUGAGCGAAGAAGUUUUCAUAAGUUAUCUGAAGGUUUAAUGGAUGGCUCACCUCAUUUUCUUCAUGAAAUUCUUCUUUCUGCACAAGCAUUUGAUAUUGUUCUAUGCUUUCCUUUACUUAAUGCAAUUGCAAGCAUAUUUCACACUAAACUUCCCAAGACCCAAAGAGAGAAAAGAAAAUCUUCUGGUCAGCCCAUGAGGACCCAUACACUGACUUCACGCAACUUGCCUUUGAUUUAUAUCAAUACAAGUGUGAUCAGAAUUUUUGUUCCCCAAACAGAAGAAACACAGUCAACUGUUGCAGUGAGUCAGGCAACAAAGGAAGACACGAUGGUUUUGAAGGUUGGCUCUGUUGCAAUGGCUCCCCAGGCUGAUAAUCCACUUGGCAGAUCUGUCCUCAGGAAAGAUAUUUACCAGAAAGCCUUAAACUUAGGAAUUCUUCGAGAUCCUGGAUCAGAAAUUGAAGACAGACAGUACCAAAUAGACCUGCAGUCCAUCAAUAUCGGUACUGCCCAGUGGGACCAACUCAAACCAGAGAAAGGCAGUGUGUCAGGAGGAGUGCCAACAGAGAGUGAAAGGAACUCUCAAAACCCAGCCCUGGAGUGGAACACAGCCAGCAGCAUACAACGUCAUCAAGAAAGGAGAGCAAUUUUGACACCCAUCUUGACAGAUUUUUCUGUACGAAUAACUGGAGCACCUGCCAUCAUUUUCACCAAAAUAAUCUCGCCAGAAAAUCUGCAUAUGGAGGAGAUUUUAGUGUGUGGCCAUUCCUUGGAAGUGAACAUAACCACAAAUCUGGACUUCUUCCUAAGUGUGGCUCAGGUUCAACUCUUACAUCAGUUAAUAGUAGCAAAUAUGACCGGAUUGGAGCCCUCAGCCAAGGCCACAGAGAUCUCUAAACAAGAACAGAAGACAGUAGAUACAUUUGAUGGAGGCAUAGCCGAAACCUCUUCCCGAUACAGUGGUGCUCAGGACAGUGGCAUUGGCAGUGACAGCGUUAAAAUCCGCAUUGUUCAAAUAGAGCAGUACAGUGGUGCCAGUCAGCACCGCAUUGCCCGUCCCUCUCACCAGUCAUCAAUUGUGAAAAAUCUUAAUUUCAUUCCCUUCGACAUAUUUAUUACUGCAAGUAGGAUCUCCCUAAUGACCUAUUCCUCAGUGGCCUCACCCAAAAUCAAAUUACCAGAACAGAAGGAAGAUGGGAAAACAGACAAGAGUUCUUUAAAUCUCACAGAAGUUGAUUCUGAUAUAGCUAAGCCUAACCAUGCAUGCAUUUCCAUGGUGACUGCUGAAGAGCCCUUAAGCGGUAGCACUUCUUUUUCUUCAGAGAAGAAAGUAAGGGUUCUCUCCCUUGAAAGCCUCCAUGCAUCCACACGGUCAUCUGCCAGACAAGCCCUCGGAGUCACUGUUGUUCGGCAGCCUGGUCGAAGAGGAACCAGUGACUUAGAGCUAGACCUUUUUCUCCAUUUAAUUGUAUCCCAACCUUCCUUGCUUCUGAGUUGUCACCACAGGAAACAGAGAAUGGAAAUAUCCAUCUUUGAUGCUAUGCUUAAAGGUGUAGCCUCUGACUACAAAUGUACAGAUCCUGGGAAGACUCUGCCUGAAGCCUCUGACUAUAACAUCGUGUGGCUGCAGACAGUGCCUGGAGAGACAGACAGCAAAAGUGGGAUCCCACCUUCUCUCGUCACACUGCACAUUAAAGACUUUCUUAAUGGACCAGCUGACAUCAACUUGGAUGUAUCAAAGCCUUUGAAAGCAAACUUAAGUUUUACCAAACUAGAUCAGAUAAAUCAUUUUUUAAAGAAGAUAAAAAAGGCACACAGCUCUGCACAUAGCAAAGAGACCUCCACCCCAUCAGACGCUAUACUAAUUAAGGAUGAGCCUUCUGUCUCCAGAUGUUACCGUGGAAAGUUGUUGAAGCCCAAAGUUCACUGUGAUGAAGCACAGAAGACAUCAUUUCAAGAAAACAUGUGGAGAGCCAUCUCCUGCUUUCAAAAAGUUUCUGUCCAUACUACCCAAAUUGUGGUCUCCAUGGAAACACUCCCGCAUCCUCAUAGACCAUGUGUGUUAGCAUCACUGUCAAACCUCAAUGGAAGCCUUAGUGUCAAAGCAGCACAAAAAGUACCUGGCGCAAGCCUUGGAUCAUCAUUCCGCCUCAGCAUAAGUGAUGUUCUCCUUAAAACAAGCCUCAAAGAAAGAAGUCGGAUUCUUAUAGGACCAUUUUCUGCUGCUGUCAGCCUGGAAGCUAAAUGGUGUAAACACAGUGGCAAUCCAGGGCUGCAACAAUCUAUACCCAAAAUAUCCAUGGAUUUAAGAGGUGGUCUGCUACAGGUUUUCUGGGGUCAAGAACAUUUGAAUUGUUUGGCUCUUCUGCAUGAAUUAUUCAGUGGGUAUCUUAAGGAGGAAGGGAAGUCUGACAUGCCGGUUCCCGAAUCAGCACCCCAUACACCAUCUCCUGUGGAAAAGACUCAAGUUUUUAAGACUGAACAAAGUUCAGAUGACCUGCGGACAGGCAUCUUUCAGUACAUACAGGAUGCUGAACCUUUGAAACUCCCUGGUAUGUAUGAAGUCUUGUUUUAUAAUGAAACAGAAGAGAGCCCAGGGAUGAUGCUAUGGAGAUAUCCAGAACCUCGAGUGCUCACCCUUGUACGAAUAACCCCUGUGCCUUUCAACACUACAGAGGAUCCAGAUAUUAGCACAGCAGACCUGGGUGAUGUGCUGCAGGUCCCUUGUAGUUUGGAAUAUUGGGAUGAACUCCAGAAGGUUUUUGUUGCAUUUCAAGAAUUCAGUCUGUCUGAAAGCAAAGUUUGUGAAUUGCAGUUGCCAGAUAUCAAUUUUGUACAAGACCAGAAGAAACUGGUGUCCUCAGAUCUGUGGAGAAUCAUCCUAAACAACAAUCAAAAUACAACAGAAGACCAAAGCUCUGCAAGUGAAUCUGGUUCUCAAAGUACUUGCGAGCCACUUGUAACUCCAACAGCCCUGGCUGCUUGCACCAGAGUCGACUCGUGUUUUACCCCAUGGUUUGUCCCAUCCCUGUGCAUAUCCUUCCAGUUCGCUCACCUGGAAUUCCGUCUUUGCCAUCACCUGGACCAGCUAGGCACAGCUUCACCACAGCACCUACAGCCAUUCAUUUCUGAUAAAAAUGUACCAUCUGAACUGGAAUACAUGAUCAUUUCCUUCAGAGAACCAAACCUGUAUCUUCGGCAGUGGAACAGUGGUCCUGUCUGCCAGGAGAUCCAGUUCUCAUCUCAGGUGGAUUGUAAACUUCUGGAAUGCAGAAACGUCACGAUGCAAAGUGUGGUGAAGCCCUUUGGCAUUUGUGGACAGAUGGCACUUUCCAGUGAUGGGGUGCAGAAGCUGCUGGACUGCUCUGUGAUCAUGGACUCUGUGCUUGUCAACGUUGGGCAGCAUGUAGUUCAUUCCCUAAACACUGCGAUACAAGCAUGGCAACAGAAUAAAUGCCCUGAGGUAGAAGAGUUGGUCUUCAGCCACUUUGUGAUCUGUAAUGACACACAGGAGACACUGCGGUUUGGCCAGGUGGAUACUGAUGAAAAUAUUCUUUUGGCGACUCUCCAUAGUCACCAGUACAGCUGGCGCUCUCACAGAUCCCCACAGCUGUUACACAUCUGUAUUGAAGGCUGGGGCAACUGGCGUUGGUCAGAACCCUUCAGUGUGGAUCAUGCCGGUACAUUUAUUAGAACAAUUCAGUACAAGGGUCGAAUUGCUUCACUCAUCAUCAAAGUUCGGUCACUCAGCGGAGUGCAAAAACAGAUUAUUAUCUGUGGAAGACAGAUCAUCUGCAGUUAUUUGUCUCAGAGCAUAGAACUGAAAGUUGUUCAGCAUUACAUUGGUCAAGACGGACAAGCUGUAGUUCGAGAACACUUUGAUUGCCUCACAGCCAAACAGAAGUUGCCUUCAUACAUAUUAGAAAACAGCGAACUGACAGAGCUGUGUGUGAAGGCUAAAGGAGACGAGGACUGGUCAAGAGAUGUGUGCCUGGAACCCAAAGCCUCUGAGUACAGCACUGUCAUCCAGGUGCCUACUUCAAACAGUUCCAUUAUUUAUGUUUGGUGCACAGUUUUGACUUUGGAACCUAACUCUCAAGUCCAGCAGCGAAUGAUUGUGUUCAGCCCUCUUUUUAUCAUGAGAAGUCAUCUUCCAGACCCCAUUAUUAUACAUUUGGAAAAAAGAAGUCUGGGUUUAAGUGAAACACAGAUUAUUCCAGGAAGAGGGCAGGAAAAUCCACUGCAGAAUGUCGAACCUGACCUUGCACAUCACCUGACAUUUCAAGCACGAGAAGAAUAUGAUCCUUCAGAUUGUGCUGUUCCCAUAUCAACAGCCCUCAUUAAGCAAAUAACCACUAGGAUCCAACCUGGAGGCACCGUGAAUGAGAUGUUGGAGGAGUUCUAUGGGUCAGAAAAGCCCCAUGAGCCCACUUGGCCUUACAGUCAGAAGGAUUCCGACAGGAGUGAGCAGCUGAGUCAGUGGGAUAGCCCAAUGCGAGUCAAACUGUCAAUCUGGAAACCAUAUGUCAGAACCCUGUUGAUAGAACUGCUACCCUGGGCCCUGCUUAUCAAUCAAUCCAAGUGGGACCUCUGGCUGUUUGAAGGAGAGAAGAUUGUUCUACAGGUUCCUGCUGGCAAAAUUAUUAUUCCUCCUAAUUUUCAGGAAGCUUUUCAAAUUGGAAUUUACUGGGCAAAUACAAACACUGUGCACAAGUCAUUAGCAAUUAAACUGGUCCAUAAUCUAACAUCUCCAAAGUGGAAAGAUGGCGGUAAUGGGGAGGUAGUGACACUGGAUGAAGAAGCAUUUGUUGAUGCUGAAAUCAGACUCGGUGCUUUCCCAGGACAUCAGAAGCUAUGUCAGUUCUGCAUCUCCUCCAUGGUGCAGCAUGGUAUACAAGUUAUUCAGAUUGAAGAUAAGACUACAGUAAUCAAUAACACUCCAUAUCAGAUAUUUUAUAAGCCACACUUGUCUGUCUCCAGCCCCUGUUCAGGAAAGGAGCAUUUUCCUGUUCCAGACAGUGCUACUUUUAGCAUUUGCCCAGGGGGAGAGCAUCCUGCUGUGAAAUCCAGCUCCCUGCCUUGCUGGGACAUCAUGCCUGAUGUGGGGCCAUCAGUGCUAGACACAGCCAUGCUUCAGAAACAGAUAUUGCUGGGCUUUUCUCCAGUCCCAGGUGCCGAGUGCUCUCAGUGCUGGAGCCUGCCUGCCAUCAUUAGACGAGAGUUUCCCAGACAGAGUGUAGCAGUGCCCUGUGGAACCUUGAAGGAAAAUGGAUUCAGCACCAGGGCAAUAGCACUGACGUAUCAAGAGCACUUUGGAGUCACUUACUUAACCCUCUCCGAAGACCCAAGUCCUCGAGUAGUUUUCCACAACAGGUGCCCAGUAACGAUGCUCACCAAGGAGAACAUCAGAGAUAUUCCAAAGUUUGAGGUUUACUGCAAAAGAAUUCCUCCAGAGAGUUCAGUGCAUCAUGAGCUGUAUCACCAGAUUAUCAGUUACCCAGACUGCAAGAGCAAGGACUUACUUCCCAGCCUCUCUCUGAGAGUAGACUCCACGGAAGAAAUGGCAGCCGAGUGGAGUGACCCUGUGGACAUCAACAGUCAGGGGACACAGGUUGUAUUCCUCACUGGCUUUGGCUAUGUGUACGUGGAUAUCGUCCAACAGUGUGGCACAGUCUUUAUCAUCCUAGCCCCAGAAGGAAAAGCAGGACCCAUCUUUACCAGCGCCAGCAGAGCUCUGGAGAGGAUGGUCACUUUCAGGAUGUUCAUCACCCAGUUGAGCCUGGCAGUGUCUGACGACCUUACACACCAGGCACCAUCUGAACUGCUGAGGCUCACCCUGGACAACAUUUUACUCCAUGUGUCUCCUGUGCCUGGUGGCCUCCCAGGGGAAGAGCCUCCCUCCAACUUCUUCCAGCUUUACAGAGUGGAAGUCUACUGCGGAGACCUGCAGCUGGACAACCAGCUCUAUAACAAGUCCAAUUUUCAUUUCGCUGUCUUGGUCUGCCAAGGAGAGAAAACAGAGCCUGCUCAGUAUUCCAGAGUGCAGAGUCUCCUGGUCUCCAGCAAAGACUUGGAAGAAUACAAGGAGAAUUGCUUCAUCAAACUUUGCCUCACUGUAUCUGAGGGGAAGGACUUCCUCGAUGUCAGCGAGGUCACUUUUGAACUGAAACCAGCACGGCUGUAUGUGGAGGACACCUUUGUAUACUACAUCAAAACUUUGUUUGACACCUACCUUCCUCACAGCAGGCUGGCUGGUCACCAUGCACAGCUCCUUACAGGGAGGCAGGUGCUGCCCGUGCAGGUGACACAGCACGCCAAGGCCUUGGUGAACCCAGUGAAGUUACGGAAGCUGGUCAUCCAGCCAGUGAGUCUGCUGGUCAGCAUCCAUGCUUCCCUGAAGCUGUACAUAGCCUCCGACCACACUCCUCUCUCCUUCUCUGUGUUUGAAAGAGGACCGGUGUUCACUACAGCGAGGCAGCUGGUGCACGCACUGGCCAUGCACUAUGCUGCUGGGGCUCUUUUCAGAGCAGGCUGGGUGGUGGGGUCUCUGGAAAUCCUCGGCAGCCCCGCCAGCCUGGUGAGAAGCAUUGGAAACGGGAUCUCAGACUUCUUCAGGCUUCCGUAUGAGGGCUUGACCCGAGGCCCAGGAGCCUUUGUGAGCGGAGUCUCCAGGGGGACCACAUCGUUCGUCAAGCACAUUUCCAAAGGUACUCUGACAUCCAUCACCAACUUGGCCACCAGCCUGGCCCGAAAUAUGGACCGGCUCUCACUGGAUGAGGAGCACUACAACCGGCAGGAGGAGUGGCGGCGGCAGCUCCCUGAGAGCCUAGGUGAAGGACUUCGACAGGGCCUGUCCAGGCUGGGCAUCAGCCUGCUCGGUGCAAUUGCUGGUAUAGUUGACCAGCCAAUGCAGAACUUCCAGAAAACAUCUGAGACCCAAGCUUCAGCAGGACAUAAGGCCAAAGGUGUUAUCUCAGGCGUGGGGAAAGGAAUCAUGGGGGUAUUCACCAAACCCAUUGGAGGAGCUGCAGAACUUGUGUCACAGACUGGCUACGGCAUUUUACAUGGAGCUGGACUUUCUCAGCUUCCCAGACAACGGUGCCAACCAACACAUCUAUAUGCUGACCAGGCUCCAAACAGCCACGUCAAAUAUGUCUGGAAAAUGCUUCAGUCUUUGGGUAGACCAGAAGUCCACAUGGCCUUGGAUGUAGUUCUAGUGAGGGGCUCAGGCCAGGAGCACGAAGGGUGCUUGCUGCUGACAUCAGAAGUGCUCUUUGUCGUAAGCAUCAGUGAGGACACACAGCAGCAAGCCUUCCCCAUCACAGAGAUCGACUGUGCACAGGACACCAAGCAAAACAACCUGCUCACUGUGCAGCUCAAGCAACCAAGAGUAGCCUGUGAUGUGGAGAUUGAUGGUGCCCGGGAGAGAUUGUCAGAGCAGCAGUUUAACAGGCUCGUGGACUACAUUGCAAAAACAUCGUGUCACCUGGCCCCCAGCUGCUCUUCUAUGCAAACAGCGUGUUCUGUGGUAGCUGUGGAGCCCCCUCCAGCCACUGUGAAAACAUACCAUUAUUUGGUUGACCCACAUUUUGCUCAGGUCUUCAUUAGUAAAUUUACCAUGGUAAAGAAUAAAGCCUUGAGGAAAGGCUUCCCUUGAGUCCCCUUUAAGGUAGAUAGAUGUUCAAUUUUUGCUGUGCAACACGGAGUUCUAACACUCAACAUGGACACAAGGCCAGCACGUUUUUUAGUUACAGGCAUACUAAUUUUGUAGGGAUUUACAUCUUACCUUCUCCCCAAAGAAACAAAUGAGAAUUCCAAAUGGAAGAAGAGCAAAUGAUCAGGAAACCCUAAAUGUUGUGUUCUUGCCGUACACAGAAAACCUUUUUUUUCUCUGUGCCAUAUGCAGAAGUUUUCACUGGAAUUUUAAUCUAUUAAUGAUCUGCUAUAUAGUAAAAUGUGGAUAGGCCCUAGAAAACAGACCAAGAAAUAAAACUCCACCAACCCUGUACCACUUAGAACUUGCCUGUUUCACUUGAAUUUUUCAAUUAACAAUACCAUUAUUUUAGUUUAAAAAAAAAAGUAUAUUCCCCUCAGUCUGUGUCCUACUGAUUUCUAGUAAGACGGACUUAAUUGCUCAGGUGUAUUUUGGAAAGCUGGUGUUUUACUAACCUAAAAAAUAACAUUUUGUGUCUACCAACAAGAACAAGACAUACUGUUUAUAAGUUUGUUUGGGGAUGAGUUAAAGACUGCAACCUUAAGACUGGCAGUGAUUUCAGUCCAGAUAGUUGCUCUGCUGAAAUGAUGUGAUAAAGCAUGGAGAUAUCCCUAGUGUCUGCUAAGUAUCCUUUAACAGCUAAGGAGGGCUUUGAUGCAAGACCUGGAGUCACCAGCUGUCUUCAGAUGUUAGUGAGUCUCAUGGUAUCAUUACCCACUGAUGGCAUUCAUGCACUGGCCUGUAGUUUGUCCCCUUCAACUGAAACGUAACAGUAAGACAGUGCCACUGAUGUCCAAGGCCACCAGCCUAUGGCCUCAGUCUGCUGGGCACACAUGCCUACUACAGCACCAGUCCUGGAACACAAGUUCUUAGUGGACAGUCAAACCAAACAGGAAGAUCAUCUCCGCAAUCUGUCUAUUACACGUUUAAAAACGUGUACAUUAUUUGUCAACCUUAAGAAUAAUUAUUUUUAAGAAUGUAAAUAUGUACUGAUUCUUGUAUGGCUUAUGGUAAUUUUACAUAUUGCUAGAAAAUAUUAUAUAAAUAAAGAGGUAUUCCUG